ACGUUGAGUAAAAUGAUGAUUCACACAUCAAAAGAUAGUAGAAACUGGAAUUGAUUUACUAUAUUUACAGUGCAAUGUGAAACUGGCAUCUGGCUUGUCACCAUGGAAGGGUGCCUCCAACUUCUCUGCUUCCUCCACAAUAGUCCAGUCCACAGUCCCUCUUUCAUAGCGGAAUUUCUCUCUUUUUCUUCUUCUCCUUUUCUGUUCUCUGCAACAACUGCACUCGACAUCACCGAGGUCAUCAACGGUUACCAAGAUUACAGCACGUUUAACAACUACCCAACUCAAACCCAAAUAGCAAAUGCGAUCAACAGCCGCCAGAACCAGACCCUCACCGAGCUCGUCGUCAACAACGGCAACAUGGGAGUGGUUUCCGGCCUCCCGAUGGACACCCUCAAGUCGUUACUAACUCUGCACGUUCUCUUCGAUUACUUCGAUCUUCAGAAGUUAAAGAAUUUACCCAACAAUACCGUCCACGUCACUACACUUUACCAAACGAGCGACCAGGCCACCAACCAACGUGGGUUUCUGAACGCCACGAUCUCCGGCAACGGUGACGUAGCAUUCAUGUCUGCCGCUAGUGGGUCCAGUGUGAAUUCCAAGGUGAUUAAGAACGUUUAUGCUCAACCGUGUAACUUCUCUGUUUUGGAAAUUAGCAAUCUCAUAACGCCGCCGGGGCUAACCGGCGGCAAUUCCAGCUCAAAUUCGAGCGUCUGCUCUCCUGCACCAACUAAUUCUACUCCGGCCAGUUCCCCAAUUAAGUCUCCCACCCCUCCCAUUUCCCCUGUAGCCAGCUACUCCUCUGCCCCUGCACCAUCUAGAGAAACAAUUACUCCACCUGACGCCCCUUCGGGGAAAUCUUCAGCUGCAGCUAUCGGUGGCUUCGGGGAUCAAGUCUGCCACUUUCGCUGUGGUGUUGGCAUCUGCUUGGUUCUGGGUGGGAAGAGGAAAUUAAGAGAUGGAAAAUAAAGCUUUGUUUCUGUGCAAUGUGUAACCCAUUUGGUACUUUUAACACAUAAAUGUAGCAGUGAGUCGUUCCAACUUCCAAGUGAGUCUCAUUUUCUCAGCAAUGCAAAGUUUUAUUUCUAAACAGCAAAGUAAAAACCAUAUCGUCUU